AUGAUGGAUAUCGAUUUAAAACAAGUAUUUUCAAUUCUUGACGAAAACGACGAAGGUCAAAUUCAAUUACGACGUUUUGUUGACGUUGCUAAUAAUUAUUAUUCUGACGCUGAACAACUUGCGCGUAUUACAAAAGCAUUAGAUCCGACUAAUACUGGUUUAAUCAAUUUUGAACAAUUUUGUGAAGGCAUUGCUCAAAUAAGUUCAUUGCAAGGUUUAACAUUAAAAGAAGUUGCAUCCGAUUUAACACGUCGUAGUCGUGAAAAUUCCUUAGUUGAAGAUUCUGAUCGACGAAGUUUGAAAACGAAUAAUGGUUUUGAUUUCUCUUCCCUAUCUUCUUGGCCUAACCUUAUACAAGAAGAGUAUCAAGAAGGCAGUGACGCGACUUUCAACGAAUACGACGUUGAAAACGACGAAGCAUUCCAUCCCACUAAUCAUAAAACACAAAUAACAAACAAUCGAACACCUUCAUUAAUAAAUAGUACAACGAAUACAAAAAAACCUAAUAAUCAGAACAGUAAUCGAAAUAAUCAAUCAAUUUCACCAAGAUUAGAAUCACCAUUUUACGGUGAUGAUGAAGAAUUUGUAGCUGAGCCAACUUCCAGUAUCUACUCAACUGACACUGCACAUCCUCGAGCUCCAGUUCAACGUAUCCCUCAACCGUUCAAACGAAAUAAUUAUUUGCAACCCGUUAUAUCACCCGAACAACCUGAACAACAAUUACAAGAAACAGUUGACGAACUACAAAAAACUGUUGAAACAUUAACUGAACAAAAACACAAUACAACAGAACGUCUAGCAAAAUUUCAAAGUGAAAAUAGUGAAUUAAGAAGCAGACUUUUAGCACUUGAAGAUCGUUUUCACGAUCUUGAAGGACAACACACACGUACAACAAAAACUGAACAACAAAAAUACGCCGAAUAUAUUAAUCAAAAAGAUCGAACAUUUCUACAAGAGAAAGAAAUUUUACAGACAAGGAUCAAUGCGAUCGAAGCUGAUCUUAAACAGACACAUGAUGUAAAUGGACAAAUGAAAAAAGACGUUAAAGGGUUACAGCAGAAACUUGAAGAUGUUGAUGUUCAAUUACAUAAUAGUCAAAUUCGAUGUAACCAUUUAUCAGAAGAUAAUGAUAAAUUAUUAGAACAAUUACGUCUCCAACGUGAAGAACUUGAAGCAGAAAAAUUGACCAAUGCACAACUUGCUGAACAAUUAACAUUUGAAUCAUCACGUAAAACAUUCGGUCGUACAUUAACUCGAACUGAAAGUAUUAUAAAAACAUCGGAAAUACGUAUUCAAGAUCUUGAUGCUCAAGUUCAAUCAUUAAAACUAGAAAAUGAAAAACUUAAAUAUGAAAAUGAAGAAUUACGAGAACGUGCGGUUGCAUCUGGUAUUCAUGAAGGUCGAAGAUUAAUGGCUAAUCCAGAUACACUUUCUUAUGCUGCUGAACUUGAAGUUCUUUCUAAAGAUGAGCUAAUGAGCAAAUUGAGAGAACAAUUUUCCAUUAACGAUCGUUUACGAGAAUAUAUCGAACGAAUGUUAACUGUUAUCAUCGAAAAUAAUCCUCAAUUACUUGAAGUAACAACUAGUAGUGGUGUAUCAAUUGGUUCUAUGAGUAUGUCAUCAUUAUCAUCAACAACAACACCAAUAGAAAAUAAAAAUUCCAAAACAAUUGAAUCAAUUAAAACUGAUUCAUCUGUAAUAACAAACAAGCAAACACCAACGGACAAGUAUUGUCGCCUCUCAUAA